AUGCCGUCCGAAGUGCCGACAGUCGCCUUGCAAAGACUCAAAAAGGACUAUCAGCGCAUUUUAAAGUACGCUCCGUUUUUUCUACAGAUUUUUUUUCAACGUUCGGUCGCGGCUUUUCUGCGGCCUCUGGCUUUGAUCCACUUCCAGUUGGACCCAAAAAAAAAUUUGGGCCCGGAUGGAUCAUCUCAUCUAGCUGCGGCCAGGUUUUUUGAAAAAAAAAGACGAAGUACCUUACUUGAAGCUGAAUCUUCGUAGUUAUCUGAAAUUCCAUGCAUGUUUUCCCAUGCCUCUCCACAGAAAAAAACAGAGGAGUUCAUGAAAAAAAAUCGACGUAACGUCAAGGAAAAAAAAAGCCAGGUGUCGAAGAUUUUGAACAUUUUUAGCGAGCUCCAAAAAAAAAUGAAGUUGCAUACUUAAUUGCCACCGACUUUAUUGAAAAUGUUUCUUUGCAGAGAGCCGGUGCCAUUUAUGAAAGCGGCGCCGUUGGAAUCGAACAUUCUCGAGUGGCGCUACAUUAUUAUCGGAGCGCCCAAAACGCCGUAUGAAGGUGAAUUUUGAGUGACAUUUUGCUAUAAAAAAAAUGACGAGAAAUCGAUUUUCAGGCGGGAUUUAUCAGGGAAAACUGCUGUUUCCAAAGGAUUUUCCGUUCAAACCGCCCGCCAUUCUCAUGAUCACUCCCAACGGCAGAUUUCAGGUAAACGCGGCAAAUUUCCUCGCUCCACUCCAUUUUUACUAGAGCCGCAUACUCAGUGUACUCGUUUUCGGUUGAUUUCUUCGUGAGAUAUCAAUUUUAAAGAACGCUCAAAAAAAAAGUGACAGUUCCGCACGUGGUACACCUGAUUUUUCUAAAACGAAGGUAGUCUCAAAUGCCUACAAUAACCGCCUAAAGUAACCACGUUCGGAACUUUUCGUUCUCGAGAAUUGUCUCUUUCUUUGGGUGUCGCUUAAAAUUGAUAUGUCUCGAAGAAGUCAGCAUCCUAAAUUAACGAAAAUCAACCGAAAAAGUUGCAAUAAAACCUGAAAUCAAGAUCAGGACUGGGUGAGUUUGUGCGGUUCAACCGGAAAACAAAACAGAACGUGAGAAAGACGCGAUUAGCGCUCCUGCGUCUCUGCCUUUUCGCACGCUAGCCACCUCUCUCUCUCUCUCGCGUCCCCUGCUUCUUUUGUAAGCAAAUUCUCAGUCAACGGGAACCGAAUCGCUCGUCCAGGCCUGAUACAAGUCUGAUAAUAAUAUUGUGCUCCCAGACGAACACCCGUCUGUGCCUGUCGAUCUCCGACUACCACCCGGACACGUGGAAUCCGGCGUGGACGGUGUCGACGAUCAUCACGGGCCUCAUGUCGUUCAUGAAUGACAAUCAGCCGACGCUCGGCUCGCUCGUCACUACUGAAUCCGAACGACGUCUGCUGGCGCGGAAAUCGAAGGCGUUCAACCUGAAAGACAAGACGUUCUGCGCGCUCUUUCCCGAAGAGGCCGACGAAAUUCGGGCGGAAAUGGAGAAGAUGGACCAGGAGCAGUUGGACAGUAUUCGCGAGGAGGAGACCGCACUCAAGAAUCGGUAUUUCCUCCUUUUUUUUCGGCAGGGUCUUGCAGCGAACGGGGGGAUUUUUAGGGAGCAAAACAGAAAUUGUUGGAUAUUUCGUUAAAGGAGGCAUCCGGGGAGCAUAUUGAAAAAUAAUUUUGACACUGCAGAAAAGUAACCCCAAAAGCACAGAUUUUUACAACUUCUCUCCGAUUUUUCUCGAUUUUUUCAGCAGCAAAUUGGUGUUUAUCGAUUUUUUUUCAAUUUUCCGAAACAAAUCAUGAAAGAAAAGAAAAUGAAAUGAACCUUAGAAUAAGUCAUGUGCCCGGAGGGAAAACAUUUUUGAGCGUGUGAAUCUCGAGAAAACAUGAUGUGUUUCGGAAAAUUAGAAAAAAAUCGAGAAAAAUUGGGGAGACAUUGUAGAAAUCUGUGCUUUUGUGGUCGCUUACAGACACUUUGUUUUCAGGGCUGGGCAAUUUGCCGGCCCUUGUCCUGGACUUUUCGGACUCAAACUUUGCAAGCUUCUUGGUCUUGGAUUGGAGUAUACUGGGACCAAGUUUCAGACCGAUCGCAUCAUCUGGUCCCGAGAUGUGUGAAUCAUUGGAAAGCCCGGAGUUUUCAGGCCUCAAACACUAUAUCUCAAGAGUAAAUAAUCCGAUCGGGCUGAACCUUGAUCCCAAUAUUCUUCAAUCCAAGCCCAAAAAGCCUGCAAAGUUUGGAUCCGAUCGGAUCAUUGCAAGUGGGCCAAAGGACCAGGACAAGGCGGCCCGGAUGACUCCUUUAAGCGAAAUCACAAGAUUUUCGCGCGCUGACAAUUAUAAUAAUUCGCCUGAUUGUAGACGUGCAGGGGAGAGCGCGCGCGGCGUGCCCCGUCUCUCGUCGUUGCUGUCGAAUCUGAUGAUGAUUGCAGGCGUGGCAAUACUUGCAUUUGCAGUUAGAUACGUGGUUUUGGCGGCCGCAGAAUCGGAAAAGAGGAGAUGAACCGAUGUCUUUUUUCCCCGAAUUUUCUGCGGCUCUUGCCAAACUCACCGGUCUUUCUUGCAAAUCCAAAAUUGCCCUACAACUCUUCAAUAUGUGUGUGUGUGCGUUUGGUGUAAAUAUUGUCCUCUUCUGUCCCUCCCUCUCUCUCUCUGCUGCUGCUUUUCGAGUAGUUUCGAUUGGUAUGUGCUUGUUUUUCCCAAUGUUUCCCAAAUUUUCCGAUUUUUUCAGUGUAAAACCCCCCGCCCCGGCAACUUGUGAAAAUCGGUCCGAAUGUACUCUCGUAUUUUUGGGAUUCUUUUGUGUUUUUGUGAAAUCAAUAAAAAUAGUCCCGCGCUUUGUUUCCAGAUUCUUCUGCCCAUCCCACCCCAGUUUGUGAUACGUUUUCUUCUUGUCACCACCCUGAAUUCUAGUGAAUUCUAGUUGCCAUUUUUUUUUUGACAAAUAAAGUUGGCCUUGUUGUAUUUUUGUAUUAUUUGAAGGAAUUUGAUGAAUAAGAAGUUGGCGCCUUUCUUUGGAUACUUUUUGAACAUUUUUGACAUUUUUAGCGGAUGUUUCAGAGAAAAUGCGAAUUUGAUGACGAGCAUGCGAUUUUAUAAGGUUAGAAUUGGAGAGAAUUCUAUUUUGCAAACUUUUCUGCAGACAUAUCUACUCAUCGCCAUCGGCACAUGCACCAUAUGCACGCUUUUGCUCAUUGCCAAUUGUGGAUGGGACGAACAACAAGGAAGGAAUCAAGCGAAUUGUAGGGGGAACAGGGCUGAGCAAAAGGCCUGGACUUUUGACCCACUUGAAAUGAUCGGAUUGGGCCUAGACUUUGCAGACUUCUUGGACACGGAUUAAAGUAUGUUGGGUCCGAAUUUCAGACCGAUCGGAUCAUCCGGUCCCGAGAUAUGUGGAUCGGAAGCCUAAAAGCCGCAAUUCUCGCAAAAACCCGGUCUUUUAGGCCACAUAUCUCGGGACCAGAUUAUCGGAUCGGUCUGAAACUUGGACCCAGUAUACUUCAAUCCGUGUCCAAGAAGUCUGCAAAAUUGGGGCCCGAUAAGAAUAUUCCAAGUGGGUCAAAAGUCCAGGCCUCGGCAAGCCUUCAAAAAGCCUGGGCUGGCUUUUUACAGUCUUGACACUUAAAAAUAAUUACGCCGGCUAUAAGACUAAUUGACGCAAAAUCUGACGGAAAAACCGAAUUUCCUUGGAUUUGAUCUUAAAAAGGUCCUCAAAAGACAAACUAUUACCGUUUUGGCGUCCACAUUUGCUUUUCUGCACAUGGUGAUUGUAGUACUUUCCAUUUAUCACGUUCCAAAAACUAUCAAGAAUAUCGAUCGUUUGUAUUUGCACCAAAAAAGUUCGAUACAAUUCUUGCAGCGCUCUCCGGAACGAUUACCCCCGCAAUUCGGUCCCUUCCCGACACUUUCCUGCUAAUUGGAAUCCUUUCGUCGCCCAACGAGACGGCCCGUCGUUCGAACGUCCGUUCCACGUGGUUCCGGCUCUCCGCGAAGGGAGCCUCCGUUUUUACGCCCAAAUUCAUCAUCGGAACCAAGGGAUUAUCGAUUGAGGACCGCGAGAAAUUGGACAAAGAAAUGGGAGAGUUCGGAGAUUUGGCAUUUUUGGAGCGGCACGAAGAGGGAUACGAUCGGCUGGCGCGAAAGACGUUGGCCACGAUGCAGUACGCGCAUGAGAACUUUAAAUUUCAGUACUUGUUGAAGGUAUGUCAUGGCGUAUUUUGCAUGAGAAUCAGAGAUCCGCAUUCCGCAUUCCGCGCAUCGCUGUCAACACUUUGUUCACAUGUUUCGUUUAGGUGGACGCCGACUCGUUCGUGCGUAUCACUCCGCUGCUGAUGAACUUGAAGACGGUGCAACACGCGAUGCUCUACUGGGGAUUUUUGGACGGACGGGCGAGACCGUUCCGAAAAGGCAAAUGGAAGGAGCCCGAGUGGAACCUGUGCGAUCGAUAUUUGCCCUAUCAGGUUAUUCUUACAGACUCGUCUCAAAUUCGUUUCUUUUUUUUGCAGCUCGGCGGCGGCUACGUUCUCUCCUACGAGCUCGUCCGUUUUCUGGCCGUCAACGCGCGCCUCUUCCGAAUGUACAAAAAUGAGGAUGUGUCUGUGGGCGCCUGGCUGGCAGGUACCCCCUUUUUCCGGGGAAAAUUCUGGAAAAAUUGCAACUGUUUUGCAGGUCUCGACGUGAAAUACGUGCACGAUCCGCGUUUUGACACCGAAUGGACGUCGCGCGGCUGUUCGAACGAGUAUUUGAUCACGCACAAGCACACAAUGGAAGAAAUGACGGAAAUGUACGAGAACCUGAAGACGAAGGGCAAAUUGUGCACAAAAGAGUUUCAGUGAGUCGGAUUUUCGAUGUUUAGAUGUGAUUUUUAAAUUUUACGCGAAAUUUUGAGCAGAAAGUCCGUUUUUCGUAGUUUUUGCAAGUUGUCCGCGAGAAGUACACGGCCGAAUUGCUAGGCCGCCGCGUGCGAUUUCUCGGCCGCCACAUUGAUUUCCGCUCCGUUUUUCAGACGUCGUCCCUCGUACGUUUACGAUUUUUCGAAGCCGCCCAGCGAGUGUUGCUCCAGAAUCAACGGAUCGUCGAUUCCUUAA